CAGGCCAUAAAAUCCAAAAAAAAAAGGGGGUAACUAGUACCCACCAAUUACCAACCAAGGUUAUAUAAAAUGGCUCUUUUAAUAAAAAGUGUCUUUUCAUUUUUAAAACAACCCAUAUUCUCAAGUUCAUUACGAGUGUUUUCAAUAACAAAACAACUGAACUUAAAAGAAUUCCAAGAAUCGAGAAAUGGGAAUAAGUUAAUUAUAGAGGCCGUCUCGGUUCCCUCGACGAGAACGGAUUUAUUAGUGAGAGCAGAUAAAAUACAAGAUCUUACUCCAGCCGUAAUUGACGCAGAGAAACCCGUAUGUUACUUGUGCAAAUUAGGUUUAGAUAUAAAACACACGGAUGUAUUGAUCCUAAGCCAGUUUGUAAGGUCUGAUGGUUGCAUGUUGCCACGAAGAAUAACAGGACUUUGUAGUCGGCAACAGAAAAAAGUUGGGACAAUGGUUUCAAUGGCACAGAAAGCAGGACUGAUGAUCAAUUUAACACCUUCUCGUUGUAAAAAGGAUCCUAAGCAGAGAUAUGGUUACAAAAAGUUCAACACAUACUUUGAUGAGGCCACUAUCUUCAUGAAGAAAAUACCUGAUCAAAGGGACAAAUUUAAACGCUAAUCAAUGUGCACUAGUAGUCUUGUGAAAUGGUUUAGUUUUAAAUAAAAUAAAUUUGACUA